AUGACUGCGCAACUUUCGAGGUUAGACCGACAGGUGAUCCUGCUGGAAACAGGGUCGACACAGGUUGUUCGAAACAUGGCUGCCGACCAGCUCGGGGACCUUGCCAAGCAGCACCCAGAGGACACGCUGUCGUUACUUUCUCGGGUUUACCCCUUCUUGAUGGCCAAAAAAUGGGAGACGCGGAUCACCACGGCACGUGCCGUAGGCGGUAUCGUGAGCCACUCGCCGUCAUGGGACCCUAACGAAGAUGAAGUCCAAGUGACAGGGGACGACAACGGCGACGAGGGUCAGGCAACGCAAAGCGCAUCUUCUGCAGCCGAGGUUUCUUCCAACGGAGACGGCGAAACGGCAAAAGUCAAGCUUGAGCAGGAGAUUCGACUCAAGCUUGAAGAGGUUGACAAUACAGAGGAGUGGCGCUCGCUCCAAGACGACAGCAAGCUAUUCUCGCUUGCCGACUGGAACCUCACCGAUGUUCUGAAAUCAGGAAAACCUCUUCUGGCUGCUAGCUUCGACGACUUUCCCGCGCCUUUACAGCUAGAGCAGCCACAACGUCAGCCCGCGGCCAAACAAACAAAGAUCGAGGAAACUCCCGAGUUCGCACAGCCUCAGCCCUUGUCAGGUAAGGCCCAGUCUCUAGAGUCUAAGAAAAGUGCACGAAUGGCUGCUAUGGCCAAGCGGAAGCGGAAAAUUCAGGCCAAAACCACCACUAAAAAGCCGGUAGAUAUCUCCCAGAGUUCGAUCUCGCGUAACUUGAUGGCUCAAGAGGACUCCAGUCAAAGUCCGACACCUUCGCCCACAAUGCUCAACAAUCCAAAGCUAGAAAUUACUGAGCAGCCUGAUUCCAAGAAAAUAAUGAUUGAAUCAGUAAUGAGUCCUAUUUUGGAGAAGCAUGAUAGUGUUUCUGGUCUGGUUUGGCAAUUCCAGGGCAUUUACGAGCUUUUAUUAGAGAAUCUGAUGAGCGACAGCUGGGAGAUACGACACGCCGCUGCUCUGGGACUCCGAGAGAUCAUAAAAAAACAUGCAAAGAGUGUGGCAAGAAUCAAGGGAAAGUCAAAAAAAGAAAACAACAUCAGAAAUCGCAGAGCUCUAGAGGACCUGGCUACGCGGCUUUUAAUUGUCUUCGCGCUUGACAGGUUUGGCGACUUCGUUUACGAUACCGUCGUCGCACCUGUGAGAGAAUCUGUAGCACAGACUCUAGCUGCACUUUUGAUCCAUCUCGAUGAUGACUUAUGCAUCCAAAUAUUUGGCGCCUUGGAACAACUGGUGCUACAAGACCCUAAAAUUGUUGGCCUGCCGAAUAAAAUUUGGGAAGCUACACAUGGUGGUCUUUUGGGUAUACGGUAUUUCGUGGGUAUUAAAACAGACUUCUUAUUCAGGCACAAUCUGCUCGAAAAUGUCGUUAAUAUCGUGCUCUAUGGGCUAAAACAGAACAACGACGACGUCCAAAGUGUAGCUGCCGCUAUUCUCACUCCUAUCGCUGUCGAGUUCGUCAAGCUGGAGGAAAGCACCAUCGACCUCGUUUUGAGCACCAUAUGGAACUUAUUAACACAUCUCGAGGACGAUCUUUCAUCAAGUGUCGGCUCAGUCAUGGAUUUGUUAGCAAAACUUUGUGAGCAAAAAGAAGUCCUAGAUGUUUUGAGAGCGAAGGCCAUGUCGCAUCCAUUGGAGUGGUCUUUCAAGAGCUUAGUCCCAAAAUUGUACCCAUUUCUGCGGCACUCCAUUACUAAUGUUAGAAAAGCAGUGCUUAACUUGCUUAUGGCGUUUUUAUCCAUCAAAGACGACUUCAUCAAACAUUGGAUUAACGGUAAGAUUUUCAGACUAAUCUUUCAAAACAUUAUUCUUGAACAAAAUCCACAGGUGCUAGACAUGUCUUUCAAAGUGUACAUUUCUAUGCUGGAGGAGUAUAAAAAUAAAAAUCCAGAGAAAAACCUAGACCACUUGUUUGGGAAGCACUUAGCGCCAAUCCUGCAUUUGUUAAUCACCCCGAUUGGAGAACACGGCAAGAGUUACAACAUGGAGCUGCAGUAUAUUCUCAAGCCUUCUCCUCAUUACCAACUUCAAUCAGAAAGAAAAAGGGGUGCUGCAUUAGAACCACAGUCAGACAUACCGCCCCCUGCUAAUAGUGAGCGUGUUAAUAUUGAUGCUCCAAUGAUUGCCGGAGAUGUAACCCUUUUGGGAACAGAUGUAAUUUUCAACACAAGAGUUACAGGAGCGAAGGCCCUUGGUAUCACCUUAUCCAUGUUUCAGAAAUCUACUCUCAAAUCUUUUUUCACAAACGUCUUACUCGACUGUCUGCGGUUGCCAUACGCCACACCUCGCAUGCUCGUCGCUAUCAUCAUAUCCGAGUUUUGCUCCAAUCUGGCGAACCAGCCUUCUGAAGAAGAUGCUGAUGACUUGAAGCGGUUCGUCUCAGAAGCCUUUGGCGAGACCUUUGCUGGCCAACUUACGGAUCCUUCUGCAUUGCCUAUUUUCCGUGAGCUUGUGCCUAGCUUGAAAGCUUUACGCACUCAGUGCCAGAGUUUGUUGUCAACUUUUGUCGACGUUGGAAUGUUGCCGCCCCAACGGCUGCCUCAACUAGCUAUCAUCGUUCAAGGAGAAGCAGAGGCCGGACCCGAGGCGUUCGGAAUUGAAACCGCUGAGAAGACGUACGGAGAAAUGAGUGACAAGCUUUUCCGUCAUUUGAGCAACUCUUACAAAAUUUUAGCUAAAAAACCUGUGGAUGACGCUAAACACCGUGUUUUGCAGGCUAUAGAAACCGCCAAAGAUGCACAGAAAUCAAGGGUUUGUAACGUCCUUGCCAACUACGCCUCAGCUGCUCUGCUGUUUGAUGGACUGCCAGCUAAGCUCAACCCUUUUAUCAGGGCUUUGAUGGACAGUAUAAAAGAGGAGCGUUACGAGAUUCUUCAAAAGAGAUCAGGCGAUGCAAUUUUAAACUUGGUGGUUGAGCUAGUAAAGGCAAAGAAGGGAAACGUUGCAAAUAAAAUUGUUAAAAACUUAUGUGGUUUCCUCUGUGUCGACACAUCCGAGGUUCCAGAAUUUUCGCCUAACUCUCAAUAUAGGGACUCUAUUUUAACCCUUAUCAGGGAGCAAACAGCACUGGCAUUUCAAGAUGAUGCUAACGUGAAAAAACUGGCUGAAGAAGCUCAAAUCAAAAGAAAGGGGGCAUUAUACACGUUGAGUGAGUUCCUACUGCGUCUAGGCCCCACGGUUUUGGAGGUUGUGCCACAAGUCAAACAGAUGAUUUUCGACCCGCUGGAAAGGGUUGAUAGUGAGUUUGGUGGCGUACCGCCAGAUGCGAAGGCUGGCCAGGAGGUUGUUGAUGCCUUGGGUGUCCUGAGAGCUCUAAUAGUUUAUAUGAGCGAAGAGCUACAAACGAAUGAGAUACUUCCACGUUUGCCUCUCAUUCUCAAAUACCUAAGAUCUGAGCUCGCAGUUUUUCGGUAUUCAGCGGCCCGGACUCUUGCAGAUUUGGCAAACACCUUAACAAUUCAAGUGCUUCCAUUCAUUAUCCAGACAGCACUGCCUUUAAUGAGCAACCCUUCCUCAGUAACAGAUAGACAAGGUCUCACAGAGUUAGUAUAUCAUUUGGCUCUAUACAUGGGGAGCAACAUUCUGCCCUACGUUGUGUUUCUCAUUGUUCCGCUUUUAGGUCGCAUGAGUGAUUCCAACCAAGAUAUUAGGACUUUAGCAACUUCAACGUUUGCUUCUAUCAUCAAACUGGUCCCCCUUGAAGCAGGAAUUCCAGAUCCUGAGGGCCUGCCCCAAGAUCUCAUGGAGGGUCGUGAGAAGGAGCGUGACUUUAUUCAACAAAUGAUGGAUCCUUCUAAGGCAAAGCCAUUCCAAUGUCCCGUUGCCAUUAAGGCUACUCUAAGAAAGUACCAACAAGAUGGUGUCAACUGGCUGGCUUUCUUGAACAAAUAUCACUUGCACGGUAUACUUUGUGAUGAUAUGGGUCUUGGUAAGACUUUACAAACCAUUUGCAUAAUCGCAAGCGAUCAAUACAUGAGGAACGAAAAUUACGAAAAAACUAAAGCACGUGAAUCCAGGCCUCUUCCCUCACUUAUCAUAUGUCCACCCUCCCUAACCGGGCAUUGGGAACAAGAAUUUGAGCAGUAUGCCCCUUUUUUGAAAGUUCUGGUAUUUGCCGGUGGUCCUUCUACGAGGUACCCUCUGCGAGACAAGCUAGGUAGUGCUGACAUCGUGAUUACUUCGUAUGAUGUUGCGAGAAAUGACAUUGACGUCAUUAACAAUUACGAUUACAAUUACUGUGUACUUGACGAGGGUCAUAUCAUAAAAAAUGCACAAUCGAAGCUAGCCAAGGCCGUGAAACUUGUCAGCGCAAACCACAGGUUAAUUUUAACGGGAACUCCAAUUCAGAACAACGUUGUCGAACUUUGGUCGCUGUUCGACUUUUUGAUGCCCGGAUUUUUGGGUACAGAAAAGAUGUUUCACGAGAGGUUUGCAAAACCUGUGGCAGCUUCAAGAAACAGCAAAACUUCCUCUAAAGAACAAGAAGCAGGUGCGCUUGCCUUGGAUGCUCUCCACAAACAGGUCUUGCCAUUCAUGCUGAGAAGAUUAAAGGAAGAUGUACUUUCUGACUUACCACCUAAGAUUAUUCAAGACUACUACUGCGAGCUCAGUGAUUUGCAGAAGCAAUUAUACAAAGACUUUGCCAAGAAACAAAAAAAUAAUGUUGAACAAGACAUCGAGAAUGUUUCCGAGGUCGAUAACAAGCAGCAUAUUUUCCAAGCGCUUCAGUACAUGAGGAAACUGUGUAAUCACCCAUCGCUCGUGGUAUCGAAAGAUCAUCCACAAUGGUCGCAGGUUCAGGACUAUUUGAAGCAAACAGGAUUUAGUUUGCAUGACAUUACCCAUGCUCCUAAACUUGGAGCUCUCAAAAACUUACUGCUAGAGUGCGGUAUCGGCAUACAAGAUGUGGAUAAAAAGUCAAAGACCUAUCUUCCCUCUACCGAGAGUGUGAUCAGCCAACACCGUGCGCUGAUUUUUUGUCAGCUCAAAGAUAUGCUGGACAUGGUUGAGAAUGACCUGUUCAAAAAAUACAUGCCCUCUGUGACAUACAUGAGGCUUGAUGGUAGUGUUGAGUCCCGCGAUAGGCAGGCGGUCGUUCGCAAGUUUAACGAAGAUCCCUCAAUCGACUGCCUUCUGCUGACAACAAAAGUGGGUGGUCUUGGAUUGAAUCUAACGGGAGCAGACACCGUCAUCUUUAUUGAACACGACUGGAACCCAAUGAACGACCUUCAGGCUAUGGACAGAGCACAUCGUCUGGGGCAAAAGAAGGUUGUCAAUGUUUACAGAAUCAUCACAAGGGGCACCCUGGAAGAAAAGAUCAUGGGUUUACAAAAAUUCAAGAUGAACAUUGCUUCAACAGUUAUUAAUCAACAGAACUCCGGCCUUGCUUCUAUGGACACGCACCAACUUCUUGACCUCUUUGACACUGACAAUGUUCCAUCUCAGGAAAAGGAAACUAAGAAUUCUUCUGAUGGCAAGAUUGAUGAAAUUGUCAACGAGACUGGUUUAACUGGCAAGGCAAAGGAGGCUGUAGGGGAACUCACAGAGCUAUGGGACACUACGCAAUACGAGGAGGAGUACAAUUUGGAUAAUUUCAUAAAAACACUACGUUAG